AUGAACAAGCUACCGGACGAGCUGCUGGCCCUGAUUGCGAAACAUGCCUCCGAAUAUCCCUCGCCAAACUGGGACCCGUUCCACGACUCCGUCGCCGCGGGAGGCGACGAUUUUUAUUCGGAGAGAAAAGUGACGGCGUUCACGAGAUGGAGCCUUUGUCUUAUCAAUCGCAAAUGGCACGCCAUUGCCAAGCCAUACCUAUAUCGUGACAUACGCAUCCGGCACUGUUACUGGCUCCCGUUGCCCGCCCGCCUCAGCUCUUUGCUGACAGCGAGCGACCGUAACCCAAAAUUGCUCGUUGGGACGCAUACGUUGGACGUCCGCGACUUACCCUCUGCGGGUAUUCACCUGUCCAAGACCGCCGCCGUACGCCUCUGCCACCUGCUCUCUCAGGUCACCCUCAAGCACUUCGCUACCAACUUCUACCCCGGAUACGUUCCCUGGUUGUCCCUCCUCGCUCAUACGAGCGCGCGCACCUUGACUUACCUCGAUAUUCAAUUCAACCCGAGGCGGGUCCCGAUAGACUCGGUGGAGACGAUCAACUCCUUCGUAAACCUGGUUUAUCUACGGAUAACCGAUCGAUUGGACGACGACACCCCAGCUGAGCCCCGGAGCCCUGCCUCUCUGGACGAGCUACCUGCACUGGCGCUCCCCAAACUCGAAGUUCUCGACAUCAUAUCAGGCUUACACUGGAAGCCCAUCCAUCCCGGCGGUGCCAUCUCGUUCUCGCUCGCGAGCAGAGCCCAUUUACCAUCCCUUCGCAAGCUGCGUCUACAUGGAGAUCCGAAUAGGAGUAGGACGGACAUCAGAUCCAUAAUCGGCCAGCAUGGUCCGCGUUUACAGGAGUUAUUCGUUCAUGCCCCCUACUCCGACGACGAUCUAGACGACAUCCUCCUUAUCGCGCCGGAGUUGACUGAACUUACCUGCAUCGUCCCGGAGGGCAACUAUAUGCGCCCACAUGCUUCCAAGGACGCCAUCGUCCUUCAGCAUCCCAAGCUUCAGCGGCUCACCGUCACAGGGGGCCGGAAGGGUCUACUCGCAGAAACGUACCAGUGCAUGGAUACCGGCAAGUUUCUGGAACUUCAGUACAUCAAGCUCGACGGCAUAUCGUGGGACUCUGAGGAUAUCGAGGUUGCCCGCUCGGGAAAGGAGACGUGCUCCAUUGAGGAAGACUUGGACGUGGCCAUCAAGCUCGCCGCCGAGGGUAUCCCCUUGCUGGAUCAGCGGGGCAAGCCAUUUGGAGGUUUGGUUGCGACUAGACGGCGAUGGAUGGAUCGUGCAUCCCGCGUCUUGCAAUAG